AUGCCUCCUCGAAGCUCGCUGACGAGCUCGUUCUCGGUCACCGACGCCAACAAUGAAGUCAUUUGUCCCUUGAAAAAUAACGACGGUUCUAGUUGUCGCAAGCGAUGUACAGGAGAAAAGCGCUAUCGCUCCAUGCAGGAGCACAUCCGACGUGCGCAUCCGAACCACUACAUCCCGAAGCUCCCGGCUACCGAGGAGAGCUUCCUGCUAAUGGUCACCACCCCGCCCGAUCAACGUGCGCACUUGUCCCCGCCAGAACCAGCUCGUCCUCGUCGUCCUCACGGUCAUGACAUCGCGGAUAGAGACAUCUACGUUGCUGAUCCCAGCUCUCCGGCCACCCCUCGAGCUCUCGAUGAACCCCACCCCGCCGCUGCGACCGCCGCCGUUGCGCUCGCUCAAUUGCACCACCACCGUCUGGCCUCCGACUGGGAUACUGAUAUGGACACCCACUCAGACACCGAUAUUCACCAAGGCCGUAUGCGCUCUUCCAUUGAACUCCCAUCGCUGCGCGACCACUUCAAACAAGAAUCCCUGCCGCCAUUUUCUUCGCCCCGCCCGCGGGAACUCCUUCCGUCCAUUCUCAAUCACUCUCCCCCCGGUCGCUCCUCGACUCUUCCCCCGAUCCAGCGACGAGACAAGCUUUCCCGCCCGCGCAAAUCGUCCAUUACGCAGUCGGCCCGCAAACCCAAGCACGACCGCCCGAAAUCAAAGGAAUUCGGCCGGCGUCCGAGUCUCGGCGAUCGCAAGGCCCUAUCCGCAGAGCCGCAGACUGCCGCGUGGGCACAGGGCAAGCGCUGGGAGGAUCUCAUCGAAGCGGCUACAUCCGCGACGGAAGCUGAUGAUGAGCGGUAUUCCGAGGUCAGUUUCGGCGACACCCAGGCUAGCGAUCCCAUGAUGAUUGACAGGAUGGAAAUUAAUUUCCAGGCUGGUCAAUCCCCAACGAUCGCUCCACUGCUUGCGAACGUGACAUCUGCACCCUCGGGACUCAAGAACCGGUCUUCUUUACCUCCAGCUUUCCAAUCAGGUUCAGGGCUUCCGCCAUUAUCAUCGCACCGACAGUUCCCACCUCAUUCAUAUGCAGCUUCGCCAUUACACAAGUCGCUCACUCCUCCACCCUUUGAGGGCCAUCGUGGUCGCGACAGUGACCUGGAACCAUUCCCAUCUAUUGAAUCAUCUCUGGACUCUAUGUCAUCUGCCUCGGGGAAGAAUUUCCCCUCAUCAACAUCCGGCAUCGCGCGCUCUAUCAAUUCCGACUCCAGUCCCGUGUUGAAUCUCAUUCCACCACUCUCCCAACAACGCCAGCACCACCGCUUCUCAAACCCCACGCCUGCGUCAUUCCGCAAUAACGAUGUUCAGAUUUAUUGCGCACACUGCAAGCGACCCUGGGCGUUGAAUGAGUGCUACGCUUGUACGGAGUGUAUUUGCGGCGUGUGUCGCGAGUGCGUCCCCAUGUUCAUCUCCAGUCCACCAGCCUCUUUCCGCAGUCCCGGCAAUGGUUCGCUGAACAAUGCUCCACCUCCGGGUCCGACAAGUUACCCCAGUGCUAGGGGAUGUCCGCGCUGCCGGACGACUGGGGGCAAGUGGAAGGCUUUCCAGAUUGAUGUUAAAUGA